CGAAGGCAAAAAAUUAUCAAACGAUUUUAGAAAUGCCGCAUAUACAACAGCUAAUACCAGCUGCAGCAACAUAAGCUUAUUAUGUUUUCCAGUGGUUAACUUCUGUGUUGCCGUUGAAGUGAUUACACAGUUUAUACUAGUGACUCUCUGCUGACACUAGGCAGGACUUCCGGUACUGUUGAUGGGAUACAGUUUAUUUAUAUUCCACCAUGUCACCUGAGAAUUUACCCAGACUUUAUCUUCUCAUGGCUGGAUUAAUUCCUGUGGUAUGGUUGCAAAAAGUAUCUCCUGCUAUAAAUACAAAAUCAACUACCAUCAUCCAGUCGCCAACGUUGAAAAUUCAGCCCUUUUCCGCUGCUACAUCUUACGAUCCAAAAAUCGCCGAUCUGAAACUCUACGAUUUUUCGUCGGAAGCCAACAGGCGGAAGCCACAGUUAUACAAUAAGCGUUAUACUGAAAUGGAAAAGCCGUACUAUACAAAAACCUACGAAGGCAAAGGACCCGAAAAAGUCAGCUACGAGAUAAAAGUGUAUAUUCCCAAGCAUUUCGACCUGCCACCGGCAUACCCGGCUACUGGCGCACCUGACGCCGGUCAGAUCAACAAGUCAGCCUACGUCGCUCCAUAUGAGAUCCCGGCUACGGAGCCGUAUCCCGGCUAUAACUACGAAGCCUACCCCAUACCCUCACCUCCCAAAUACGACUCCAAAAUGCCCUAUGGAAAACCAUACUACCCGGACGAAAAGGCCAUGUACGAGCCCAAACCGGCGUACUAUCCGAAUUACUACGAAUCAAAACCGGUCGUGUAUGAAAAGCCAAUUUCCUACGAUAUUAAAGCUCCAGUGUAUGAAAAGCCGAUGGCAUACAACUAUGAGAAACCAGUGUAUGAGAAGAAACCGGUAAAAUACGUCCCGGAAUACGAGAUGAAAUAUAAUGAAAUCCCGUACCAAGAACCAUACCCCAAAACGUAUCCAGAACCAGUAUACGAGCAAAAAACACCGCGCUACCCGGAAUAUACACCAUCUUAUGAGCCGAAGUACGAAGUCAAACCGAAGUAUGUGGAGCCGUACGCCCCAGCCUAUGAACACAAACCGGUCAAAUAUGAGACCAACGCAUACGAGCAGAAACCGCCAAAACCGGAAGUCACUUAUUCUCCGGCAAACAGUUAUGAACCGAAAGGUUACAAAGAACCCAGCUAUAUACCAUACCAGAAACCUGCGUAUCCAGAAAAGGCAGGACAUUACGACAAAUCCAAGCCAAUGCAGUAUGAUUUUGCGAAAUCGCCACCGAGCUAUGAGCAGUCUUAUUAUCCCGCAGCAUCUCCGCCAAUGUAUUAUCAGCCACCUUAUCAACCUAUGUAUUAUUACUAUUAUCCUCCAAAGCCUUACGAGAUGCCCUCACCGCCGCCCUACUACCCUCCAGCACCGUCCACAUAUCAGUAUUACGCCACUUCCGUACCGCCGGCAACCACGCACUCGACGUAUGGCUACGCCGCUUAUUCCAAUUACUAGAGUAGCAUGUCGUUAAUUAAGGUUGUAUGAACCAGUUGUGACUUUCCGAAAUUCAAGCGAACGUUUGUGUCCGAAUGGGUAACCUUUCCAGCAUGGUAAAUGCUAGGUAGUAGGUAUAUUUCUUUUUGAUUGUAAGUGAAAUACCUAAUUAGGUGCAAUUAUCUGAUGUUCAGUGUACAGCGGCUUUUUUACUUGCUAUUAAAAUUAUAAGUAAGCGUUUUCAGUGAAGCUCCAAAAGACAAGCACAAAUAGUCUUCUUCUUUAUCGUACUGUUACAAAAAUGUCCAGAACAUAGUUAUUCUUCAGCUCGCUUUAACCAAACUAACGCCACAACUAGAGAGAAUAAAAAAGAUGGAAACACAGAAGAACCAUGCAGAUCAGAAAUCAGCCAGCCGACAAAGCUUUUCAGAUUUUUAAUGCCAGAUCUUCCUGAAGUUUCGGGAUGUUUUCCGGCCCAAUUAGCUUCUCCACAAUAGCCAAACCGAAAUCAAAAGCGGUU